UUUCUUCUUCUUCUUACUGUCAUAUUUUGCACCUAUAAUUUAAACCUGAAAAAAAAAUUAAUUCGCAUUAAAAUAAUUAAACUAUUUAUUUACUUAUUUAUUUAUUCAUUAAAAAACAAUACUUAUCUUAAUUAAUUAUACAACACGUUUGUAUAUUCCAUUCUGCACAGAUUAUCGUAAACAAAACAAAACUGCUUUACCAACAAAUUCUUUAUUUUGAAAUUUGACACAACUAUAGGUAAUUUCACUUUCUGCAUUAUCGACUCGUGGUACGAGUUACCGAAAAUAUGCUUGAAAUAGUUUGUACAUCACCACGGCGCUAGUAGUACAAGCGCGCACUGGUGGGGACGCUCGAAGUGGUGGGGACACGGGUAUAUAAGCAGGCGCCCGAGACGAGACUGGCACUUCAUGCUCAACUGUGUUACAGCAACAAAUGAAUCUCGUGAAGGACAUUCUACCAGAUUUUUCUACGGUAACUUACAGACACAAAAAUCUGACGAAAAUUUGACAUUUUCUUCAUCGUCAUCAACUCCAAAGACAGAAGAGGCAGAACAUCGAAAAGCAGAGAAGAAAACUUUUCGCUCGAGUGGAAUAUUCAGAUUAAAAUCACCAACUAGAUCUCGCGAAGAAAUGUCUACCAGUUCAAUUGGAAAGACUGAAAAUGUGAAAGCUGGAAUUCCGGAGAAACAAUCUUUUACUUCCAGUGAAAGAUUGAGUUUAAAAUCAACAAAUGAAUCUCGUGAAGGACAUUCAACCAGAUUCUUCUACGGAAACUCACAGACAAAAAAAUCUGACGAAAAUUUGACAGUUUCUCAAUCACCAACAACUUCAAUGACUGAGCAGGCUGAACCUCGAAAAGCAGAGAAGAAAACUUUUCGCUCGAGUGGAAUAUUCAGAUUAAAAUCACCAACUAGAUCUCGCGAAGAAAUGUCUACCAGUUCAAUUGGAAAGACUGAAAAUGUGAAAGCUGGAAUUCCGGAGAAACAAUCUUUUACUUCCAGUGAAAGAUUGAGUUUAAAAUCAACAAAUGAAUCUCGUGAAGGACAUUCAACCAGAUUCUUCUACGGAAACUCACAGACAAAAAAAUCUGACGAAAAUUUGACAGUUUCUCAAUCACCAACAACUUCAAUGACUGAGCAGGCUGAACCUCGAAAAGCAGAGAAGAAAACUUUUCGCUCGAGUGGAAUAUUCAGAUUAAAAUCACCAACUAGAUCUCGCGAAGAAAUGUCUACCAGUUCGAUUGGAAAGACUGAAGAUCUAAAAUCUGGAAUUCCGGAGAAACAAUUUUUCUCUUCUAGUGAAAGAUUGAGUCUAAAAUGUUAGUGUUUAACAGAUGUAUUUUAAAAAUAUUUUUAUUUACAUGUAAAGUUAACAAUUGUAAUUUAUUUGUUUAUUCUCUAUUUUUUCAGCAUCAAAUGAAUCUCGUGAAGGACAUUCUACCAGAUUCUUCUACGGUAACUCACAGUCACAAAAAUCUGACGAAAAUUUGACAUUUUCUUCAUCGUCAUCAACUCCAAAGACUGUGCAGGCUGAACCUCGAAAAGCAGAGAAGAAAACUUUUCGCUCGAGUGGAAUAUUCAGAUUAAAAUGUAAGUUUUUUAAAAUUAUUUUCUUCAAGUAUUUGAUUUAAAUUGAGGAAUUUUUUAAUUUUAAUUCU